AUCCUGGAGCCGACCAAGCUUCUGCCAGCACUUCUCAUGUUUCUGAUGAGCGUUUGAAAAUUUUGAAAAACAAGUAUUUCUUACACUAAAAUAUCUAUUGAGAUAUGAAAAAACAAGUGUGCGGUUAGUCCAUUUUAGUAUGUAGGGGAAUAAUGUUAUAGACAGCCUAUUCUACACAUUCUGAAACGUUUUGAGUAUGUGUACAAACUUGUCUUUCAUGUCAGUUUACUGCUACUGCAAUUUUAUGAAAAUGUAACUGCUCUUGAACUAAUUGCUAGUACCAUUACGUAUGUAGCCACAGAGUCGGUAGUGAAACUCAAAAGCACAGAAAAGUCCAAUAUUAAAAUAUGAUCGUAUUUCUUUGAAUCAAAAACACUUGCUCAUUAUUCGUAUGAGUAGGAAUUGAAAAAGAUGUAAAUUCAGAGAAAGGUAGUUUUAGUAAAAAUGUGAAACUCAGAAAUAUACACUGUCAACUUUUGAAGUUAUUGUGGUUAUAGAUAGACUAUCUAUUUACAGUGAUACUUUGUUGAAAGUAAUAUAUAAUGAACAAAAUUUUUAGUGAAAAAUUUAUGUACUGCCUACCUGAUGAUAAGUAUUGUAAGUUUGCUUUAGAGGAAUAUUUUUUACAUGACAGUACUCAGAUAUGAUAUUUCUAGUUAGAGAUUCCAUUUUGAAAGAUUAUAAGACACUUCAAUACAAGAAAUGUCUUGUCUUCCUCCUUAGGAAUUAGUUUCAAAACACUCAAACUUCCAGUUGGUUGUGCAUGUUGAUCAUGUCAGUUGUUAUAUAAUCAUUUGUUAUUGCAAUAAUUUGUUAAAAAUGUACACAUUACACCUAAUGAUAUGUGAUAAACAGAGUAUUUUAUGACAUUAUAUAAGAACAUAUACCAUAAUUAUUAUGGUGAUGUUUUGUUUCUUUUACUGGUAACAAUACAGUGUACUGGCUUACACUGUCUUGUCAAUAUUUUUAGAUAUAGAAAUGGAUAUUGUGUGCAGUAUUGUCAGGGCCUAAAGAGAUUCUGUAGAUUCUUUGUGUCUCUUUUUCCAACACACAAGGAUGAACAUUUUAUCCUUUGAGUUUUUGUUUAUUCUUUUCUCAGAUUUGCCCGAUGUAAAUGUACUGAUUCUAAAAGAUACACCCAAAUGAAAAUUUAUUUAUGAAUCUUUUGUUUAUGUUAUUACAAAAAAUAACAUAUCACAAAAGACAAAUUAAUUCAUGGCAGCAUUUCAAAUGCGGGUUAUUUGAUCCUGAAAAUUAGUAUGAAUACUAUUCAUAUUUCUAGUGUGAUGAUGAUUUGAUAGAUAGAAGGUAUUUGUCAUUGCCUAGUCAUAAUUCUUCCAUGUCUUCAUUGAAAAUGUGUAGUAUGCAGGGUACAGUCAUGAGAUCAUACAAAAAAAGUGCCAAAGAAAUUUCUUUAAAUAAGUGUGAUGUUACAAAAUAAUUUUCUAUGUGUUUUGAAAAUGUUUCAUUGUGAAAUUUGUCGUAUUUGAAAAGGAGAGUAGUCUUCUUGUCAUAUUUGUCAUCUUCCCAAAGAGGAGAAUUAAUGUAUGUACCUACAAUGAGUUUUUGUCAAUAACUUCUGGUGAUUGAAAGAAGAGAUAUUGGACAAAAUUGUUUUGUGAUUCCAGCCUGGCAUAAAUUGGUCUAAAUAUACAAAUAAUUGGA